AGUUCAAAACAGAGGUGGACGACGCCUAUUCAAAGGGCUCUCAUCAAAGGCAUGCUCGCGCUAACCCGAGGAUUUAACCAGAGGCUUUUCACCUUCCACAAGCACCUGACUCGUCCUCUCAUGGCCACCAACGCUCCCCUGAAACCCCUGAAGCGCGUGGGCACCCACAACGGGAGCUUCCACUGCGACGAGGCCCUUGGCUGCUUCAUGAUUCGCCUCACCGAUAAGUUUUCCAACGCCGAGAUCGUUCGCACCCGCGACGCCCAGGUGUUGGAGGGUCUCGAUGCUGUUCUUGAUGUUGGGGGCGUGUAUGAUCCAACUCGGGACCGGUAUGAUCAUCACCAGAAAGGGUUUGAAGAGGUUUUUGGGCACUGCUUCUCCACUAAGCUCAGUAGUGCCGGUCUUGUCUACAAGCAUUUUGGAAAGGAGAUAAUAGCUAAGGAGCUUCAAGUUGAUGAGCAGCACCCGGAUGUGCAUCGCUUAUUUUUGGCUGUGUACAAGAGCUUCAUGGAGGCAAUUGAUGCUGUUGACAAUGGGAUAAAUCGGUAUGAUACUGACAAGCCUCCGAGAUAUGUGAAUAAUACGCACUUGUCUUCAAGAGUUGGAAGAUUAAAUUUGGAUUGGAUAGAUCCUGAUCAAUCACCUGAGAAAGAGAAUGAGGCCUUUCAAAGAGCGAUGGCUCUGACUGGCAGUGAGUUUUUAGAUAGUGUUCGGUUUCAUGCAAAAUCGUGGUUACCAGCACGGUCAAUUGUAAUGGAGUGUCUUGCAGCAAGACGGGAUAUUGAUCCUAGUGGAGAAAUUAUGGUUUUAACGACAUUUUGUCCUUGGAAGCUUCACUUAUUUGAGCUUGAGGAGGAGAUGAAGAUUGACCCUCCCAUCAAAUAUGUUCUUUAUCAGGAUGACAGGAGCAAAUCUUGGAGAGUGCAGGCGGUGGCAGUAGCUCCUGAUAGAUUUGAGAGCAGAAAGCCUCUCCCUGCUCAAUGGCGUGGUCUCCGGGAUGAAGAACUCUCGAGGAAGGCAGGUAUUCCUGGUUGUGUUUUUGUCCAUAUGAGUGGGUUUAUUGGUGGAAAUCAAAGCUAUGAGGGUGCUCUGGCCAUGGCAAAAGCUGCUUUGAAGCUCUAACCGAAGAAGAGCAAAUUGUAUCAGCAUUUUAGCAGGAUCUACCAAUUUGCUUAUGACUGUUUCCUUUUUAUGUGCCGUGGGCACCAAUUUUAUAGUCCCAAGUGUUCUCUCAGAUCUUGUUUUUGAUUGCAUUCCUCCCCAUAUAUGACUCUCUAUUUAGUGUUUGGAAGAAUAUAUUUUGCAUUUAGACA